UCUCGCUGCCUAAAGUCCCGUGACCCGCUCUGUGAUCUCGUAGCGGGACCAUGGCGCUUCGCUCGCUUCGCUUGGCCGCGCUGACGCUUCACUUGACCUUGGCCUUGGAUCCUUUCUAUCUGAGCCCUGAACAAAUUGCCCAGCUGCAAGGAGCAGCCAUCAGCAUGAGCGUGCCGGGCAUGGCUGAGGGCUGCACAGGUCUUAACCAGGAUCCGACAGACGUGGAGAUGGAUUUUGCCGCCAACGCCUAUUGGAAGUACUUCACCUAUGACACCUACGAUCCCCGCACUUGGGUCACCUUAGGUGACCUGGAGACGUGCUUGCGAAGCGUUCCGGGUGGUGAUGUGAAUGAAUGGGUGGGCGCUCCGGAUUUGUGGGAAGCCAUGACACUGAUCUUCAAACAGCUGGGCGACACAGCACAGCCGAACCACUGGUGGAAGCAGAGUUGGUUCGAGCACAAUCCAGUGAAGAACAGCGACACAGUGCUGGGUAGUGCACCAGGUGCUACGGCUCCCAUCAGCAGCAUGUCGACGGAAGCCUGGGAGCAGCAGCCCUGCAACGCCUUUUCCAAUGCGGCCUUCUUUGAGAUCUCCUUGCAGGCCUGCAAGACGGCCAGUACUCAGCACUUCGGCGACUUCAGUGGCACUUGGCCAUGGAAGAAUGAAAUCAUCGCCGCAGGAGCACUGAUGGCCUAUGGUUCCUUCGCCAUGCACGGGAAUCCUUCGUCAGGAAACUGGCAUGAAGCAAGUGGUUCCAUCCACAAAAAUGUCAGCCGAGACUUGCCGUACGACACCUCGAUGAUGGAUCGGGUCUCCAUGGACGUGCUGUUCUUCGUCUUCUUCCAGGCCAUCGUAAGGGCGGUGGCGCGCGACCCCACGGACACCGAAGCGUUGAAACCGGUGCUGGGGCUCUUGAAGAGCGAUGACUUAGCUCCUCUUGGAUGUGACAACAUGUACUGCGAUGCCCGCGAUUCCAUUCACCUGUAUCAGAAGACCCUUGCAGGUCCGACAUCUGAAUGGUAUAAGAUCGACGACAUGCGAUAUGGAAUUCCAAACUAUGAAUUGUCCUCAGUCGGUUUGGUCUUGGUGGCCAUCCGCGCCAUCAUGAGCGACGAUCUCUUUGGUUCCGCCGGCAUGUCGGCCUACACAGGCGUUUGUAGCGCGCUGGUGUUAAGUCUGAUGCCCAACAAAGACGAGGCAGUCUGGGCGGAAGCCAACUAUUGCAAGCCCGGCACGGACUGGUACAAUUCCAUGAAGGAUUUGAAGUGGCGUGUGGUGAAGGAUAUUGCUAAGAGCCUUGCCACCUUGGUAACCAUUCUCGAGUCGCUGAUCGAAGGCAUGUUCUGGCAGGAGACCUUGGUGGGUCCUACGGGGUACCUGGAUCCCUACCUGAAAGGCGUGGUGAACGUGAGCGCCUGCUGGCGUCAGACCCAUGGCAACUGGCACCGUGUAGCAGCGCAGAUGAUGAAGGAACUCAUGGAGUUCAUCACCACUGAUGUCUACACAACCUCCGUGACGCAAAUCUCCGAGGCGCAAAAGCAGCAGGCUUGGUCCAGCCUCAAUCUGGUGGUGGCCGAGUUUAAGAUCUUUGUGAAUGCCCUAAAAACCAUGAAAGCGGCCAAUGAGGUGAAUCUGUGCCGGGUGUUCAAGCUGGCCAAGGAGGUUGCCGCGUCAGGAAAACCCUUGAACUACACGGUCCUGCCCAUGAUGGAUGCUGAUGGCAUCAAUUGGUUGAUGGCCAAAGAGAUGACAGCACGGGAUCCCAUCCUUAACCUCGACUUGAACAUCAAUGAGGCGGUCAAGGAUCCAACCGGAGGUUGCAACUACAAUUUGGAGAACGCCGUCAUCGACGAGAUCAGUGGAUUUUCCAAGUGGAAGAUGGAAGAUGUGGCAGUGCAAGGAGAGUAUGUUGAGGGAAAUUCCUUUGACGAAACCAUGGUGAAGUUCAAGAUGGGUCUGAAGAGUUGCCCAUUGCACCUGAAGGUGAAGGCUCGAGGGGACUUCGUCAAAGAUGGCGGCAAGUUGGGCUUCAUUUGCAAACGCCUGGUGUGGCGCACCACCACGGAGAUCAAUAUCGCUAUCCGCCUCAGCGAUAUGACACCUGGAGAUGACUGGUUUGAACACACGCAGGACGUAGUCAUGUUCAAGUAUUAG